AUGAGUUGGGCAGAGGAAGAAAGAGUUCCAGAGUGGAAGUAUGGAUGGGCAGAGAGAACAAUCGCUUCCAUGUCUCCCCCGCCUAUGCCUCUUCUCGCCUUCCUCGGCGUCGUCCUUCUUUUGCUUUCGUUGCAGUCCCAGGAGAUGGCACUCGACUUCAAGCUCUUCCUACUAGCUUUGCCAUUUUUGCUCAUCUUUAUUGCAAAUUCCCUUCUUGUGUCUGGUUCGGUUGCGUCGACUGCCAUGAGAACCAAGAACAGGUCAGCUCAGGAGGCCGAAAAGACCUCACCUUGGGGCGCAGCGGUGUUGCUGUUUCUGCUGCUGAUAUUGCUGUGGAACCGCCGUUAA